UGAAUUUUUCCAGUAGUAAACUGCAGAAGAAAAUGGAAGAAUUUAAAUAUGGUAGUAAUGAUGCAAUGAGCAAGCCCGUUGUAAUUCAGGCCAAAAAUGUGAAGCACAAUGAGCCCAAUAUAGUUGGUUCUGCGUCACAGAAACUAUGCUUGUUCAGGCUAUUGCCUUUUUUGAUAGGUGAAUUUGUGCCUGAAGAUGCAGAUAUAUGGGAGCUUUAUCUUUCUUGCAGAGAGAUUGUGGAUAUUUGCCUCUCACCCAUUGUAAAGAAAUCAUGGCUUCCAUAUCUGCAGCAAGAGGUAAUCGAUCUAAGUGAAUUGUUUGCAAAAUAUUCACAAGAUCAAUAUCCUUGCAAACUUCAUUAUUUGAUCCAUUACCACAGACAUCUUUCAGACUUUGGACCUCUUAGAAACUUUUGGUGUAUGAGAUUUGAAUCUAAGCACCAAUAUUUCAAGAAUCUAUCGUCUGUGGUCCGUAACUUUAGAGAUGUUGCCUUAACCCUGACAACACGUCAUCAGUCUCUCCAAUGUUGGCAAAUGAAUGCAGGGUCAUUUUUCCAGCAGCAAGAGAGUGCUCUUAGUAAUUGCAGACAGAUUUCAGUGCUUAAACUGCCUCGUGCUCUCCAAAGAGUUUUGACUGAAAUGAGUCUUGUCCACGAAGGCAAUUUGUGGAAGACAAAUUCUGUGCAAGUAAAUUCCAUGACUUAUCAAGAUGAUGAUGUUAUCAUCAUAGAUAUAAAGCAUGAAGAAAUUCCUGUCUUUGGGAAGGUUAAGCAUAUUUUACAAUGUGACACACAUUGGUAUAUAUGCAUCAAGGAGUUUGAUACGUGCAGAUUUAACAGGCAUCUUCAUGCAUAUGAAAUUGGUGUAACAGAAAGAUGGAGUGUGAUGAAGGCAGGACCAAGAAGGGAUUUCCAGAGUCUUAGUCUUUAUGAGAUAGAUGACAAGUGCAUGGUAUCGUUGAAACAUAGACCUUUGUUGUUGUAAGGAAAAUUGAAUCUUGCCCUCUAUUAACCUAUUUUCAGCAUUUCAUGCAAUUAUUGCUAUUUUUGUGGUGUGUUCAGAAAACAGUAGAGGUCCUGUGCUGUCCAGUUUCUUUUUAGGUUUCUAGUAGUUUUUUAUUUCUCUCCUUCUUUAUAUACUUUUUCGUUUAUCUCAUACAUGUGUCAUUUGUCUCUGACAAAGGUUCUGCUAGGACUGACUGCUCAGGCUCUUUUACUUCGUGUUUUUCCAAUUAACAUAUAUUGUAUUUUGUGGUUCUAUAAUGGCUACAAUUUAAAUGCUCAUCUCACCUAGCAAAGAAGAUUUUUUUUUAAUAGUCUAGAUACUGAGUCUGAAUAAGUAUCUAACAUAUUUUCCAAUGCGUUCAAGUAGUUUUGCUACUCUCUAAAUGGUAAAUUAACAAUUGAAUGAAUAAAUUAAUGUAUAUAUAGAGAGAGAUGUAGGUUGAUUAUACAGCCACUAUCAUGGCAAUUUUGGGGUGAGAGUGCAUCGACCCAGCUUGUCAGUUGGUCAUCUCUAAGCCGGCUAAAAGUGUUGCAGUAUCAUGUUUCUUGUGGGACUUCAAAGAAGCAGGUUAUCAUUGAAGAAAAUGCCACAAUUGAUGACUUGAGGGUGAAGAUUGCCUCCAAAUUUAACAUGAGGAGACCCGACAGCCUGCAGGUCUUCAAUAAAGACUUUGGUGACUGGCUGGACCUGGAAGAAGAGGAUGAACUUCCUCCAACAAUGUCAAGGGUGAAGGUUUUGGAUGACCCAAACGAGGACACAGAAGACAAAGCGAGUUCUGAUAUCCAUGAAGACAGGGAGGUCCCAUCAAGACAGACUUCAGUCGCUUCCACAUGUCCUCAGACGCUGACAUCUGAAGGAGCAAGGAGCAGCUUUUUUGUAAAUUUUAAAGUGCCUGAAAUGCCCCACGAUGUGCAAAAACUCUUAAAUGACAACAACAAGGCUGUUCUGGAAAGGAAGUGGAGGAGAAAAAUUGUGUCGCAUCUGUAUGACAACAUGGUUCAAGUGGCAGUGUACCCUCAUUCAUGGGAGUACAAUGCUGUGUGCAGUGCACUGAUUAACAAGCACCCGAUUUUGAAGGAUCGAACCAUAAAUGGUUCGGGAUAUGAUACAAUAAAAGAGUCGCUGAGGACAAAGUUUAAACACGAGAGAGGGAUUCGAACACCAUCAACUGAUGUAGCCAGGAGGAGGGAGUUGUAUGGCCGCAAUGGCCCCAGAAAGCGUGCUGAGGACAACGUGGAAAAGGCCCCAUCUCCUGUUAAAAGGAAGAAGCGGGAUAGCAUUGAGACCUCACAUGGGGGAGAAGACGAAGCCAGCAUCCAAAGACACAUCGCGUCAUUAAAAGAUCUGGCAUCCAAGAGGGGCGCAGACCCGUCAAUUAUUCAGGACAAAAUGAAGCGGACGCGAAGUCAUAGACUUUGUUUUAUUCAAGCCAAUGCUUUGCAGGAUGUUCUGAAUGAAUAUCCGAUACUGAGGUUUGAAAAACAGCUAAUACGUGAGCUUCAAAAUACGUAUGGGGCAAAGGAAAUAGCAGCCGCUAUUGCCGAAUCGGUUACAGCUAGUGGAGAAGUGAUUCUCCGAGAAGGAUUGAAGGUGCCAGCAGCACAAGAAGUGAUCGAGCAAUAUCAGGACAAAGUUGAUGGUGCGACUACAGACAAGCAGAAAAAAGAUUUACUGGUGGCAUUGUCAUGCUUGCUGUUUCCUUUGAUAUUUGGGGAAAAGGACUCCAUGUACACUAUAAACAAGGAACCCCAGAGCCCUACUCCUACCCUAGUGAUAUCAGGGAACCCCUUUGAAUGUCGUGAUUUAGCCAUAUUCAUGGACGGGAUAGAAGUUUGUCGAGCAUCAGAUCUCACAUCCGGGUUUGUUGCAACAUUCUCAAGUUUUUAUGUGUUUGGGGUCCAGUACCCACAACGUGGAAAGAGGACCCUACAGCUAUACCAGAAAUUUUUUGCAGGACUGGAUGAUGGAAGUCCCCUACCACCCAGAGUCCAGCGAUUUCUUAACAGCCUUGUUUAGACUGAUUUAUUUCUGGUUGGAAAUUCCGCCUUAAAUUUCUAUUAUUUUGCCCUAAAAUUAAAGACUGUUCUGUGUACAUGAGAAGAUUUACACUCUCUUGCUACAUUUGCUGAGAUGAGGCAAAGUUUUGUAUCAACUCAAACAUUUUAAUUUAUUACGAUUGCUUCAUUUAUUUUAUGUGCUGAAAUGAGGCCAAGUUUUGUUUCCUGUAUCAACAUGAUCAACUCAAACUUUUUUUAUUACACCUGCUUCAUUUAUUUUAUGUGCUGCAAUGAGGCAAAGUUUUGUAUCAACUCAAACAUUUUAAUUUAUUACACCUGCUUAAUUUAUUUUAUGUGCUGCAAUGAGGCAAAGUUUUGUAUCAACUCAAACAUUUUAAUUUAUUACACUUGCUACAUUAAUGUGCUGAAAUGAGGCAAAGUUUUGUAUCAACUCAAACAUUUUAAUUUAUUACACUUGCUACAUUAAUGUGCUGAAAUGAGGUCAAGUUUUGUUUUAAAGGGGUACUAGCCCCUGACAUUAUCGUGCUCUCAUUGAAUAAAGAAAAAUCAGAUGAACAAACUGUAAAAAUUUGAUAAAAAUCAGACAACUCGCUCAAAAGUUAUGAAUUUUCAAAGUCACCGAGAUUUGACGAUCACUGCCGCUCAUGGGGAUCAGUGCGAUCGGCAAAACCGACGGAAUCUGUGACGUCAUGUCGGACAACUCCUCAUUCACUUUGUACAUAGAAUAUUUAAAAAUUGAUCAAUGUCAAAUUUAGAGUGAGGUUGCAGCAUGAAUCUUUUCAAAAUACAAGCAAAAACAAUGUAGAAAUGCUAUACCGCAACCAAAAAAUGGUAUUUUGUUGACUUUUCCGAGAAAAAGGAGAAAAUGUGAAGUUUGGUGUACAGAGUGAAUGAGGAGUUGUCCGACGUGACGUCACAGAUUCCGUCGAAUUUGCCGAUCGCACGGAUGCCCAUGAGCGGCAGUGAUCGUCAAAUCUCUGUGACUUUGAAAAUUCAUAACCUUUGAACGGGUUGUCCGAUUUUGCCCAAAUUUUCAGUUUGUUCAUCUGGAUUUUCUUCAUAUCCUGAGGUGAGGAUAAUUCCAGGGGUUGGUUUCCCUUUAAUUUAUUACAUUUGCUACAUUUAUUUCAUGUUUUGUGUGCUGAAAUGAGGCUAAGUUUUGUUUCCUACAUCAACUCAAACGUUUUAAUUUAUUAUAUGUGCUGAAAUGAGGCCAAGUUUUGUUUCCUCUAUCAACUCAAACAUUUUAAUUUAUUACGAUUGCUUCAUUUAUUUUAUGUGCUGAAAUGAGGCCAAGUUUUGUUUCCUGUAUCAACUCAAACAUUUUAAUUUAUUACACCUCCUUCAUUUAUUUUAUGUGCUGCAAUGAGGCAAAGUUUUUUAUCAACUCAAACAUUUUAAUUCUUUACGAUUGAUUCAUUUAUUUUAUGUGCUGAAAUGAGGCCAAGUUUUGUUUCCUGUAUCAACUCAAACAUUUUAAUUUAUUACACCUCCUUCAUUUAUUUUAUGUGCUGCAAUGAGGCAAAGUUUUUUAUCAACUCAAACAUUUUAAUUUUUUACGAUUGAUUCAUUUAUUUUAUGUGCUGAAAUGAAGUCAAGUUUUUUAUCCUAUAUCAACUCAAAAGUAUUAAUUUGUUACAUUUGCUACAUUUUAAUGUGCUGAAACAAGGCAAAGUUUUGUUGCAAACGUCAAUAUAACUAUUUAGUGGGUUCUUAAAAUCGUUACAAUAUGAGUUUCUGGUCACAUGGUCAAGGUCAAAGGUUACCAGAGGUCAUCAAACUUUGGUAUGUCAAGCCAAAAACAUCAAAAACUUAACUUGGAGGUUAUAUUUUAGAAAUGUCAACGUAGGUUUAAAAUUUUUUUGUCUCUUUCCAUGAAACUUUGUAAUUAGGGUCAUUAAGCAUCACCAAUCGUUCCGUAUGCAUUAGUAGUGUGGGUGGAGUCAUUGUUGCCAUGGUAACCAUGGUUAUAUUGAAAAAAAAUUAAGAUUGUCUAGUAAGCAUUCUACAGACCAAAAUUUUCAUCCAAUCUUAUUCAAAUUUGGUGUGGACGUGUAUUAUGGCAAGUGGAAGUAAGCUGUCGAUUCUUGGAUAUGGGCAGGGUCAUUGUUGCCAUGGUAACAAUUUUUAUAAAGAAAUAAUGAAGAUUUCAGGGUGAGCACUCUACAGGCCAGAUGUUUCAUCUGCUCAUAUUCUAAUUUGGUGUUGAUGUGUAAUGUUAAGAAGCCUAUUGAAUUAGGGUGUGGGCAUAAUCAUUAUUGCCAUGGUAAUCAUGGUUUUUCAGAUUUCUUUUAGUCAUUGUUUUUGUCCAGUCACAUUCAAAUUUGGUGUUGGGACUGUAUUAUGGUAGGAGUAUCAUGUGAUAUUUCCUGAUUUCUUUGUAAAAGUGCUGCUGCCUGAAGAAGGCAAAACCACCAGAGGCACUCCACUUGUUUUUUCUUAGAUUGUACUUUUUAAUAUAAACUUUUGUCCAUAUAUUUCCUCCAAAAACAGAUACCAAAACUUUUAAGAUACCGAUGCGAUUAUUUUGUACCUUUUCAAUGAAUGAGAAAAUAUUUCUUUCUCAUCAUUUCUCGCAAUAGGUGACACUUGGUUCAGCUGGUUUGUUAUUUACAUCACAAUGUAUAAGCUUAUAGAUAUUCCACACGUCAGAUUGCCUUGUAUGUCCACAAAGAGUGUGAGGCUACAUCCUUUUUGCUUUACAUAAUUAUUAUUGCUCGUCUGAAGGCAUGUUUACAGAUUUUGAUUAAGUCUGUGCCAAGAAAUGGUGUUUAAUAUGUAUGAUGUAUUAAAUGUGUUGAACUCCAAAUGUAUAUUCACUACUCUCCUUUCUAGUACAUGUACUGUAAUAGCUCCUCAUUGGCAUAUACAUAUACAUGUGUCACAAUUAGGACCUAUUGCAGCUCAUUUGAAAAUAUUAUUAUAACUAUUA